UUUAAAGAGUCCGAACCUUUCUUUACAGGAUUUCUUAUAUCUCUUAAGUUUCUUACAUCUUACACCUUAUAUCUCUUAUUUCCCUCACAUUCCCUACAGAGUUCAUUUACGAAUAACUGUCUCCUUGAAGUGCAUUCUUUGCUCUCUGUCAAGGCCCUGUGGCAACUACUCGACUUUACAGUACACGCGACUUCAACCCAUCCUCCACCAAACUUCCUAUCGCAUCUGCUCUCAAAACGCUGUCACAACUAUAAUUUUCAUGAUCGUCCGUUUGGGCAGAGCGUCAACCGGUUUUUUGCCGACACACAUCAUAUAGCCCAGGCAAAAGCUAUCGGAAUUGAGCCAAUACCUGUUGGGCCACAUCCCUCCUUUUAAUCGAUAUUUAGGACGGCCAUUGCCUCCAUCGCUGUAUCUCGCCCAAAUCAACGAACCUAGCGACAUUUUACUCGACAUCAGCGUCAUAUUAUAACCAUGAAGCUUCGAUUAUGUCGUGCGUCGCCACUCCUCGUUCUGAUCGUCCCUUCGUUGGUAGCAGCUGCCGCCAUUGCAGGUGAUGCAUCAGGCACCCCAACUCCAACGAACAUCGCCGUGGCAAGAGAAAUUCCGCCUUCAGCCACCGAACUUGGUGCCCAGAUCGCCGGCCAGAAGACCACUUCCCUGGGCCUCCAUGGAACGAAGGACGCGCCUGUCGACGGAAAAGACGGCAAACCGCACGCUGGCCCCUUUGUCGACUCGGAUAGAAAGAAGCCAGAGCCAACAGGCACUUCAGAUGAGCUUGUCGACUCAAAGAAGCAAACACCCCUGAAGGGAGCACCGGAGGAUAUCACCAUGGUCGAUGGCCAAAAAAUACCUGAUGUAAAUGACGGCGUCAUGAACGACCCGGGACGCCAGUUACCGAAAGAUGGGACGACUGGAACAGAGGGAGGGGUUAGCCAGAAGGAUAAAGAUAGGAAGGCACAAGAAGGACAGACCGGAGAGCGACUAGAAAAGAAACCAGACCCGCCGAAAGAAGCCCCUCCGUUGCCACAAAGCGAACAGGAGCUGAUUAAUACCGGAAAUGAAAAGGGAGAAAAGGACACAAAGAAGCCAAAAGCUAAAGAAGCCGACCCCGAUGAUGAUUACGAACUUGCGGGUCUUGAGAAACCCGAUGAGCUACCAAAGAAACCGGUAGAUUUACCACAUCCAAUUCCCGACUCUGCCCACAAGGACCACUUGGAUUUAGCAAAGCCCGCCAAAACUGGCCAAUCCGACGUUGAUGCUGAGGGGGUUGAAGGUCUCAUCCAGCCCCUGCAUUCGUUUAUCCUCUCCCUCACUAUGAUUCUCGUUUCUGAAAUCGGGGACAAGACCUUCCUCAUCGCAGCCUUAAUGGCCAUGAAGCACGACAGAAUCCUCGUCUUCUCUGCAGCUUUCUCUGCACUGAUCACCAUGACUGUCCUCUCCGCAGUUCUUGGCCACGCUGUUCCCAGCCUGCUUCCACAACGCGUUACCAACUUCAUGGCUGCAAUUUUAUUUUUAAUAUUCGGCGUGAAGAUGUUGCGAGAGGGACAGGCCAUGAGCCCAACCGAGGGUGUCGCCGCGGAAAUGGAAGAAGUCGAAAUGGAACUUGAGGAGAAAGAACUUGAAUUGCGUCAACAGGGUCGUCGCUCGUCGGCCUCUCCAUAUUCCUUAGAGAUGGGUCUAGGCCAUAACUCGAGGAAGUCUAGAUCAAAGACGCGCUUGCCGUCUCCACCAAGAAGCCCAUCAUCGUCACGAGGAUCAUCGCCAGUCCCGGGUUCCGCAUUGAAGAAUGCAGCAGCUGGAUUAGGUAACCUUGUAUCUCUGUUGUUGAGUCCUGCCUGGGUUCAAACCUUUGUUAUGACGUUUUUGGGCGAAUGGGGUGAUAGGAGUCAGAUUGCUACCAUUGCCAUGGCAGCAGGACAGGAUUACUGGUGGGUAACUGCAGGAGCCAUUUGCGGGCAUGCGGUCUGCACUGGCGUCGCUGUUAUUGGAGGAAGGGCAAUUGCCGGCAAAGUAUCGCUGAGAGUUGUCACUCUCGGUGGAGCUUUCGCAUUCAUCAUCUUCGGUAUCGUCUACCUGCUGGGCUCGCUUCACUCGACAUGAGAAGCAGACGGAUAACCUUUUAACGAAAAUCGCCCUGAAUGGGCCACUAUGUAUAUACAGUAGCACUGUCAACGACCACGGCAUUGUCUCCGGAUUUCUUUGCUUCUAAGGGCACAUAAGGUGCUUUGUAUAACAUGGUAAAAGCUCACAAGAGGUCCCAUAACUCGCAGAGGUACAAGAGGGAAGGAUAACGGCAUGGCCGACGGCGUUAAUGAUGUUCAUUUUAUUAUUGGGAGAGUGGAAGCGUCGAGGUAAUAUAAUGAGUACACAUAGUUUAUAGCUGAACAGCACGGGUCUUCCCGCCUAUGUAUGAGAAUAAAGAUGUCUAAUCAAUGGUA